UUCAACAUGGCGUCUGGCCGGAACAUACAUGGAACCCUAACGUUAAUACCUAUGGCAUUUGUUGCUAUUCUGCCUCUUUUUGUUCAUUCAUCAUAUAAUCUCGCGUUUGGGAAACAAGCGUCACAAAGUACAAAUUACCUGGGCUGGUAUGCUAACAAAGCAGUAGAUGGUAUCAUAGGUAAAGACGUGUUGGCUCAUGGAGGAGGAAGCUGUAGUUCUACUAAUCCGAACGGAUCAAGUGAGGCAUGGUGGAUGGUUGACCUUCAACAAAUAUCAAGGAUAAAAACUAUAAAUAUAACGUACAGACAGUUGUAUCCCUUUCGACUUUCUGGAUUUUAUCUUUAUGUUUCUAAUACGACUGCUGUGGAUAAUCUACAGAACACUGGACAUCUGUGUUACCAUGACGACACAAAGAACCCGGAUUUUCCAUCAGUAAACCAAUCUCGUUCUUGUCCCGUUGACGGGAUAUAUGUCAUUUUCUACAACAGGCGUCCCGCUGAAAAUGGACCAAAGUCUGAUUCACACUACUCGACAACAGACGCUGUUGUUGAAUUAUGUGAGGUGGAGGUGUUUGGUAAAUAUAUAUAUUAA